AUGGCAGAACAUGAGAAAGAGGAAAGAGGAGAGGAGAUAAAGCCUGUUCUGCAGGAACAUAUAAAGUUUCAUGAAGACAUAGAGGCAAAACUAGUAGAAAAGAGAUCAGAGUUCCUGAAACUGCAGACUGCCCUGCAUCAGCUGGAAGAAAGAUACCUAGCUACUACUCAUUCUGUGCAAGAUCAGAUAGGAUCAGAGCUUCGCAAAGAAGCAGAGAAGCUAAGAUACCAACUAAAAGAAAAACAGUUGUCUGCUGAUGAGGAUAAAUAUAUGCGAAACAAAAUGGGAGAAGACUGUGCCCGUCUCACUAAAGAAAAUGGCCUCUUACACUCUCAGGUGCUAGAAACUACCAAACAACUUGAAAAGGAGCGCCAGCUCAGAGAGGAGGAAAACAUGAGCAGGACAAAAUGGAUUUCUGAACUAACAGUAGGGAAGGAAAGGGAGAGACAGCUGGAGCAGAUAUUGCCUCAUCUGAAGAGACUUGUACAGGAUGAAAAGCAGAAAGUGAUAUCUGCACAGGAGCAGAUGCUGCAUGUACAGCAAGGAAGGAAGUCGGUGGAGAUGAAUGGACAAGCUAUGCGGGGCCAGCUGACAGAUUUAGAGAAGAGGCUCUCAAGGGUUCAACUUGAAAACUCACAGCUGCGUAUAGCGAAGACCCACUUGGUUGAACACAUAUCACAGCUGCAUAAAGAGAUUGCUGAGAAAGAUGACGAAGUCCGUCGCAUGCAAGGUCAUGUGGACAGCUUGUGCCUGGAUAUGAAUAGCCUGCAGUUCCGAGGAGAUAUGGCUGACUCUUCACAGAAAGAAGCUUGGAAACAGCUUUCCAGCAUUACCCAGGGUGUGCACAAAAUUGCUGCUGCAAUGAGCAUGAAAUAACUAAUUCAUCAAUUGUAUGCAGUUUUGUUUUAAAAUAAUAUAAUUUUUAACAUUGUCUAAUUAACAUCAGCAUUUAAUUAUGUGGCAAAUGUUGGCAUGUGUCAGCUUGUCUAUAAACUAUAUGAAGAAAUGA